AUGCCGGAGAGACUUGCUUCGGAUGAUGAUGCUGCAAGGGAGAAGUUCCGAUCUCUGCUUGGUCUAUAUGUCCUGCAGUGCUUGGCUCUUGUUUCAGCUGGUGUAAGCUAUACAGCUUCAAGUUGUCAUUCGUUAGUACUACAACUGUCACGAAUUUCAUCAUAUUGUGGUUUAUCUUAUCUCAGUCUAGUUACAACUUAUGAUGUCGAGGUUGUGGCUAGCGCCGUUUUUGGAGAAAAUAAAGAUGAUUAUAUGGACUGUUUAUCUCAUAUCAAGCAUGGUUGCGCUCUUUCAGCCCAUCAAAUUCCAUUUUUGCCAGUGAUUUGUGGGCAUGUCUCAGAGGAAGUUGCCCAUGCUGCUAAAGAAGAUAUGACUGUGGUCAAGGAUGAGCUUCGUAAUAACCAGAUCAAAAGGUCGCAAGCAAUAGGAACAUUAAAACAUGUUCUUUCCUUUGUAAGUCUGCCGUGGGAGUUAAAGAAACAUACUAUCAACUUCUUACUUUGCAUCACAGAUGGCGAUAUCCAUGGAAACUGCGAUGAUGAACAGUCCCAGUGGUCGUCUUAUAUGCCAAAUCUUUUUUCUGCUCUACAGGCUGUUAAAAUGGUCAGCAUGUAUUACUACGACCCAGAACAUAGAAAAAACUCAUUUGCUGUGUUAAAAGGAGUACUUGCUGAUAUUCCAAUUUCUCAAAGCCUUGACAUCUUGAUAGCAUUGAUUACAAAUACCGACUCUUCCUCCAUGAUUGCCAUUUUGGUUGAUCUUGUUCGGAGGGAAAUGCACACAGAAAUCUCCAGUAGUACGUCAGUAGUAAAAGAUGUCCAACAUAUUGAUAUAUCAUUCUGGACUCCCAGCGUUCUUGAGUUGGUGGAGUCAAUUCUAAGACCUCCACAGGGAGGACCUCCUUCCCUACCAGAGCAGAGUGAUGCGGUGCUGUCAGCUCUCAACCUAUACAGUUUUGUAAUAAUGACAGAAUCUACAGGAAAGACAAACUACACUGGAGUCUUGUCGAGGAGCAGUUUAAACAAGGUCUACAAUGAAUGGCUGCUUCCUUUGCGUACGCUAGUGACAGGUAUAAUGGCAGAGAACAAGAGUGAUUAUGAUGAGCUUGCAAUUGGCACCCUUAAUCCACUCGAGUUGGUGUUGUAUCGGUGCAUUGAGCUUGUAGAAGAGAAGCUAAAGCAAGUCACAUAACCUGUCUUCUUGGCCAAAGUAUCUUUGAAAUAU